AUGGCGCAGACUAUCUUCGAGGCCCUGGAGGGAAUGGACAAUCAGACUGUCUUGGCCGUCCAGUCGUUGUUGGAUGGCCAAGGAGCAGUUCCUGAUCCAACAGGCCAGAGUGUCAAUGCACCCCCUGCUAUCCAGCCACUGGAUGAUGAGGAUGUCUUUCUCUGCGGGAAGUGUAAGAAGCAGUUCAACUCGCUUCCAGCGUUUAUGACCCACAAGCGGGAACAGUGCCAAGGGAGUGCCCCACCCCUGGCUACCGUCUCACUGGCCACCAACAGCAUCUACACACCUUCGGCAGCACCCUCAGCUGUCCAGCAGGCCCCGCCUCCUCCCAAUCGCCAGAUCUCCACGUACAUCACAGUGCCCCCAUCCCCACUGAUCCAGACCCUGGUGCAGGGGAACAUCUUGGUAAGCGAUGAUGUGCUCAUGUCUGCCAUGUCAGCCUUCACGUCCCUGGACCAGCCCAUGCCCCAAGGCCCCCCACCUGUGCAGAGUAACCUGAAUAUGCAUCCUGCACCGAACUACCUGGCCCAGCCUCCACCUCCUCCCCCGCCCCCUCCCCCGCUGCCCCCACCCCCACCCCCCCAACCCCCACCACCCCCACCCCAGAGUCUGGGCCCCCCCGGGCGUCCCAACCCUGGCGGGAAUGGCGUGGUGGAGGUGUACAGUGCCACAGCACCCCUCACUGGGAGUGGAACGGUAGAGAUCCAAGCGCUGGGAAUGCAGCCCUACCCACCCCUGGAGGUGCCAAACCAGUGUGUGGAGGCUCCUGUAUACCCCACACCCCAGGUGUAUAGCCCUGGCAAACAAGGAUUCAAACCAAAAGGACCAAACCCUGCUGCCCCUAUGACCAGUGCCACUGGGGGCACAGUGGCCACCUUUGACUCCCCCCCAUCACUGAAGACCCGACGGACCAAAGGUUCCAGUGGACUCCCAGAAGCUGCAGGGAAGCCAAAGGCUCAGAAACUCAAGUGCUCAUAUUGUGACAAGUCAUUCACCAAAAACUUUGACCUGCAGCAGCACAUCCGAAGCCACACUGGUGAGAAGCCCUUCCAGUGCAUAGCAUGUGGCCGCGCCUUUGCCCAGAAGUCUAACGUCAAGAAACACAUGCAGACCCACAAGGUGUGGCCUCCAGGACCCAGCGGUGGCACCGUCUCUCGCAACUCUGUGACGGUACAGGUCAUGGCUCUGAACCCCAGCAGGCAGGAGGACGAGGAUAACACAGGGUUGGGCCAGACACUGUCGAGCGCCCCGCAGCCCCAGGCCUUGCCCACAGCCGGUGAGGGGGAGGCAGACAAGCUGGAGGCCAAGCAGGUGGUCCUCAUCGAUAGCUCCUACCUGUGCCAGUUCUGCCCCAGCAAGUUCACUACUUACUUCCAGCUCAAGUCCCACAUGACCCAGCACAAGAAUGAGCAGGUAUACAAAUGUGUGGUCAAGAGCUGUGCGCAGACCUUCCCGAAGCUGGACACGUUCCUGGAGCACAUCAAGAGCCACCAGGAGGAGCUGAGCUACCGCUGCCACCUCUGUGGCAAGGACUUCCCCUCGCUGUACGACCUGGGCGUGCAUCAGUACUCACACAGCCUCCUGCCACAGCACAGCCCCAAGAAGGACAGCGCCGUCUACAAGUGUGUCAAAUGUGUCAACAAGUACUCCACACCUGAGGCGCUGGAGCAUCACCUGCAGACCGCCACUCACAACUUCCCCUGCCCGCACUGCCAAAAGGUAUUUCCUUGUGAACGGUACCUGCGGCGUCAUCUGCCCACCCACGGCAGCGGAGGCAGGUUCAAGUGCCAGGUGUGCAAGAAGUUCUUCCGACGGGAGCACUACCUCAAACUGCAUGCUCACAUCCACUCAGGUGAGAAGCCCUACAAAUGCUCAGUGUGCGAGUCCGCAUUCAACCGCAAGGACAAACUGAAGAGACACAUGUUGAUCCACGAGCCAUUCAAGAAAUACAAAUGCCCCUUCUCGACACACACGGGCUGCAGUAAGGAGUUCAAUCGGCCAGACAAGCUGAAGGCUCAUAUCCUCUCUCACUCCGGCAUGAAGCUCCACAAGUGCGCCCUAUGCAGCAAGUCCUUCAGCCGCCGCGCCCACCUCGCCGAGCACCAGCGUGCCCACACGGGCAACUACAAGUUCCGCUGCGCUGGCUGCGCCAAGGGCUUUUCCCGCCACAAAUACCUCAAGGACCACCGCUGCCGCCUCGGCCCCCAAAAGGACAAGGACCUGCAAGCCCGGCGGCCCCCCCGGCGGCGGGCAGCCCCCCGCAGCGGCAGCGGCGGUGGGCACAAGGUGGUGACACCCCUGCCCGACCCGCUCGGGCUGGAGGAGCUGAAGGACACAGGGGCCGGGCCCGUGCCCGAGGCCGCCCCAGGCAAGCCGCCCUUCUCGGAGCCAGACGCCGUGCUGUCCAUCGUAGUGGGGGGCACAGUGGGGGGCGAACCUGAGCUGGUAGUGCCUGGGCAUGCCGAAGGCCUGGGCUCCAACCUGGCGCUGGCGGAGCUGCAGGCGGGGGCCGAGGGCUCCUGUGCCAUGCUCGCCGUGCCCGUCUACAUCCAGGCCUCGGAGUGA